AUGAAUCCGGAACCAGAGCUGCUGGAAAUUGGCAAGGGCACGUGUCUCGGAGAUUUCCAUUGUCUUGGAGGUUCACAAUCCAACACGGCGACACGCACAAAGGAUGCCAACCCUCUGCCCAGGAUUGAUGACUCGCUAGCAUCUAUGUCGGGUGCUGCAUUCUUCAGCAAUCUUGACUUGACCAGUGGUUACUGGCAAGUCCCUGUCAACAAGGACCAUCGAGACAAGACGGCCUUCUUGAUUGGGACGAACUUGUAUUAUAUCAAGAGAUUUCCCUAUGGGCCCUGUAAUGCACCUCCGCUGUUCCAGAGAUUGAUGGAGUUGGCAUUCGCUGACAUGAGCUGGGAGGUCAUGCUGACGUAUCUUGAUGAUCUGGCAAUUUUCACGAAGACAUUUGAUGAGCAUCUGGAGGUCCUAGAAGAGGUCUUUCAACGCCUACAUAAGGCCGGGUUGAAGCUCCAGCCCAGCAAGUGUAAUCUCUGCAAGGACCAGAUCAUCUUUCUCGGACACCACGUGAGCCGACUUGGAAUCAAACCGGAUCCAUUGAACAUCCAGAAGAUAAAGGACUGGUCCGUGCCGAAGACGGUGAAGCAGGAAACUUUCAGAAGUUGUUGGGCAUCGUUUGGCCGCGGAUCACAAAGGAAGACACUAGAUUGCGGCUGGCAAUUAGCCUUCAACAGAGGCUGGCAUUGA